UUUAGCUUUAUUUAAAAGAGAGAAAAAUACUUUUACAUGUUUUUUAUUAUUGUUAUUAUUAUAACACUCACUACCCAUGGAACCUUAGAAUCAUGGAGUUGAAAUGGAAGUCUUUUAGUCCGACCUCCUGCCUAUAACAGGAAUCCUCAGACCAUCCCAAACAAAGACCAACCUUUGCAUCGCAACUUCUAGUGAUGUAGCUAGAGCACAAAUAGCUAGCACAAUUAGAUGGUGUUAGCACAACUCCAGAAGACAGGCUGUUCCACUGCUUAAUAGUCAAGAAAUUCCUUCUUCUUUUGAGUUUCCAUCAUUCUCUGUAGUGCUUUCCAUCCAUUGGUUCUUGUCCUAGCCUCAGGCACUCUGAAGAGUAAACCACAUCCUCUUUCUUGCAACAGCCUUUCAAGUCCUAGAAAAGAUUGCCAUCCUGUCUCCUCUAAGCCUUCCAGUAGUAUGCAGAAGCAACCAAAAAUGCUAAUACAAUCCUGGUGUCGGGCCGUAGCAGAAGCUGUCCUGGUUACCUGUUCUGAAGACAUCCUGACUCUCCAGACACGCAUCCCGACGGCCCGACAUUCAGCUGAUUGGCGGGCAUGCGCAGAAGGCGCUCUGACAGCCAGCUGGCCUCGGUGACUCUGCACAUGCGCAGAUGGUGGCUAAGAGGCUACAGCACAUGCGCAGAGGGUCGGAAGGGCUAAAACUGCCUAGUACACAUGCGCGGACACCGAGGUGGAUCUAAUGACAGUAAAUGAAGCCGUAGAAGCUGCCGAAGCGUCGGGAAGCCAUCGAAGCGUCGGGAAGCGUCGGGAGGUGGCAGCUGAAGGCUAGUAUAAUCGGGAUGGAUGACCAUAUAUGGGGAAACUAGGGCGGUCCGGAAGAGGGCGGUGGUGCACGGGUGGUAGCGUGGGCUAGGUGGGGAUUUUUUGAAUUGUAUAAAAGAACCAUGACUGUAAUGGUUGUCAGUGCUGACUUUAAAUCGUUAUUUUGCUGAAAUAAAAUUGAAGUUCUUCGUUCCUGACGUGGUGGCUCUGUGUCUGUUGGAUGUGAAGUCAAGACGAGGCAACAGUAAGUCAGCACUCCCCUUAAACCCAUUUAUUAGAGCGGCCCUUGGGGACUGACCGGAGGCAGCAUGGCAGAAGGGGUGCAAGACGCUGUCUUGGCUGAAGACGCUCCAGAACAGGUGGAGGACCAGGGCUUGCUCGUGGAACCAGCUGCAGUGGUGGAGGGCCCUGUAGUAUGGCCGAAGGAACGGCUUCUUCUGCCAGCAGUGGAUGUGGCGCCUGAGACCAGACAGAGGCCAGCAGUGACUGAGGCGGGGGAAUGGUGGUUAAGUCUGGCAUUACAAUGGUUGGACACUGGUCGACAGCCUACGGUGGGCGAAAGGGACUCUUAUGCAGCUUGGAGAGAAAGGAGAGUUACCGGUGACGAGGAGGACGAAUGGAGUUACUCCACUGCUCCUGGACAAUACACCCUUGAUGUUUUAAGGGAUAGGUUUGGGGAAACGGGUUUCCUUCCCAAACAAGGGGUGGCUCCCCAGCCUCCUAUUGGUUCGUCUGGAUUCCGUUUGGCUAGCCCACGCUUGAGGGUGGCAGCAGCACAGCAGGAGAAAGGGGGGCAGGGAGGUUUGAGAAUGGGACUCACACAUGCUAGUCGUACCACCCCUGUUUCUCUGCCUUUAGGAUCUGGGGAUCUUGGUCGACAAUCCACUGUCAGUGGGGGACAACAAGGGGGUCAACCGGCUUUAGUGUGGCCCACAGGUAUGCCAUGGACCCCUCCCCCUCUUGGGAUUACGUUUGAUGGCGAUCCAGAUAAAUUGGCUAUGUUCCUGGGCCAUGUGUUAAAUCAUUUAGAUCGCUUUGCGGCUCAUUACACUUUGCAGUGGGCCAUAGUGGUAGCAGUGACUGCCAAUUUGCAGGGUGAGGCAGCUACUUGGGUGGCGGAUUUGUUUGGAGAUCACGCCAGCGAGUUGGCAGAUAUCGGUUCUUUUCUUGAGGCAUUGAGGGUACGGUUUGAGGACCCUACCAGGGUUCAAAGAGCGGAGGCGAAAAUUGUACGCUUAAAGCAGGCGGGCAGGCCAGUACGGGAGUUCAUAAGGGAAUUCCAGCGUGUGGCAGGCCGAUUAAGAUCAUGGCCUGAGAAGUUGCUAGUGUAUCACUUCCGACAUGGGCUAGAUGUGGAGCUACGACAGGCCUGUCUGGUGAGGGGGGUUCCAGCUCGUUUACACGAUUGGUAUAGGGCAGUUACUGAACUUUAUGCUGGGCUGCAGGAGAUCAGUCCAGGUGCACCCUCCCCUCUCCCCGCACCCACACAGCAACCAGCCAGUAAACCUAAGACUGUGGGGGCUCCGGUACAAGCAGUUCCACCGGUGGCGCCAAGGGGGAUAUUCCGCUGUUUCCGAUGCAAUAAACCGGGUCAUAGGGGGCCCAGUGUCCAAUGUCUCCAGGAAAGGGGGUGUCUUCAGGACAGUCUGUGCCGGCGGCGAGAAGGCAGGAAGUCACGCCAUUCCGGGGUACAGAUCAAAUGAGAGCUUUGCAGCAAAAUGAAGACAGCACACCCUAUGGACCUUCACCAGGAGUGGCGGUUUCAACCCCAGAGGUGGUACCUGACAAGUACGAUCGGGAGGAUCCAGAAGAGGAUCCCAUGGGGGAGCCCUGGUAAAGGGGGGCAGUAUGUCGGGCCAUAGCAGAAGCUGUCCUGGUUACCUGUUCUGAAGAUGCCCUGAAUCUCCAGACGCGCGUCCCGACGGCCCGACAUUCAGCUGAUUGGCGAGCAUGCGCAGAAGGCACUCCGACAGCCAGCUGGCCUCAGUGACUCUGCACAUGCGCAGAUGGUGGCUAAGAGGCUACAGCACAUGCGCAGAGGGUCGGAAGGGCUAAAACUGCCUAGUACACAUGCGCGGACACCGAGGUGGAUCUAAUGACAGUAAAUGAAGCCGUAGAAGCUACCGAAGCGUCGGGAAGCCGUCGAAGCGUCGGGAAGCAUCGGGAGGUGGCAGCUGAAGGCUAGUAUAAUCGGGAUGGAUGACCAUAUAUGGGGAAACUAUGGCGGUCCGGAAGAGGGCGGUGGUGCACGGGUGGUAGCGUGGGCUAGGCGGGGAUUUUUUGAAUUGUAUAAAAGAACCAUGACUGUAAUGGU